GUUGAGGCUGGAGGGGACACUUUGGCAAAUGAACUGCUCGGUAAGGGUCUGGCUGAGGGGCACUGAAAGAACACUUGAGGUUGACCCUUCAGGCAACUGGGCUUCCUCUACCCAGAACACCUUUUUUGUCCCUAACCCAGAUGAUGUGCUUAAUGGCAGUCACCCUAUAUUCAGAUCCACCUGGCAAGUCUAUUUGAGGUUAAGCUGAAAUAACAAGUGAGUCCCUCAUUCCCCUUAAAGGGGUCAGCUGUCUCUUCUUGCCAGGAACUGGUUUUGUUAAAGGCCUGUCUAUUCACCCCUCUGUCCCUGACAGCUCUGUGGUUUCAGAGUGCUAAUGAGCUCCUCUCCUUCCUGUCUCAAGCCUUGCUACUGCCUGGGGAAUUUACACAAAUGGUGUGCGAUUUGCCUCUUCUGUGUUUUCCUUUCUGACUUGGAGGCUAAGCAAAUCCCUCACCUCCCACCGACACCAUGUUUGUUCAACUGGGAGAGAUUUCACACCCAGGAACCCAACUCUCCCUCCCUGAGCCCCUUCCCUAAAUCCUUGUCCCACUCUCAAGUCCUCCCACCCCUGUUCUCCCGGAAUAAUUUAUAAGACUGGGCAGGGCUUAUAAAAGGGUCUUCCAGAAAAGGCCAAAAGAGUGCAGAAGGUUCUGGGAAAUAGAAGACCCCACAGCCCGACUGGCUUUCGUUGCCUAAGAAUGGACUCUCCUGUCUGUGCUGCUUCCGCCACCCCUGUUCCAGCCCUGACCCUGGCCCUCGCUCCGGCCCCAGCACAAGCCCCACUGGCACUCCCUGGCCUAUUAAGCCCAUCUCCUCUUCUCUCCUCUGGACAAGAAGCAGACGGGAGUGAAAGGCUCUUCUGGCCUAAAUCUCACUCCUUCGACUAUCUGUACAGUGCUGGGGAGACUUUAUUGCAGAACUUUCCUGUCCAGGCAACCAUCAACCUGUAUGAGGACUCAGACAGCAAAGAAGAAGAAGAGGAUGAAGAAGAGGAGGAUGAAGAAGAGGAGGAGAAGUAGGAGGCUGAUGAAAAGGAGCCAGAAGGGUGUUUGAGGGUACCAGGGUCCAUAUCUUACAGCGCCAUAUAGCUCAUUCAUCUUCCCCACCCCUGGCCUAUCCAAAUGGAGGCAGCCAGAGUCUGAUUGGGAUUGUUUGUUAGGCAAGUUUCCACAGAUUUCAAUUAGCCAGGAGUAUUAGUCCAGCAGAUAGAGAUUUCUGGACUGAAAAUUGGGUCCUCUAGCUGCCCAGCUCACCCUGGCUUACCUGACUGCCUUGUGAGCCCAGACCUCUGGCAUCUCAUUGUCUGGGUUGCUGUUGUGUUGACAAUGGGAGCGUUCUAGGAGCUCUAGAAAAAGGAAGGCUUGCUGAAGCCCCAGGAAGCAGAGCAGGACAGGGCACGCCCUUGCGGAGGGAAGUCGUUACUCCUCAGGCCCUUUGACUCCGCAGCCUUCCCAGGUGGCCGUGUAGUCCCGUCUCUCUGUGGAAAGCCUGACUUCUGGCUUCACCCCCAGGAAUACCAACAGCAGAUCCAUGCAAGGUUGGGGUGCCUUUUUGAUGAGUCUUACAGGAAGGGAAGGGGGCAUGUAGAGAAUCGGCUUGCUCUGAAGAUGCCCCCCAUUUUGCCUGCUAUCCAUUGAAGUCUGUGUGUUGGCAUGAGAUGAAUCAGGAGAAAAAUAAACUUGAUGAUGUUUUUCUU